UGACGUUGCAGUUUUUCUGUCAUUUGAAGUAAAAUCAAAUACACUUCAUACAAAUUUAUAGUCAAGUAAAGACUUCUGCUCAAAAAUGACGUCCUUAUUGAAAGCAAAUUUAAAAAUUUAUAACGAUAAUGUUGUUCAUGCAUUUGGCAACAUUCAGUUCGCCUAAAAUAGCUUGAAAUAGCACAAUAAUAUUAACUGCCUCGACGACUUACUUUGUGUCGAAAACCUUCUGUCAGUAGAGAGUCAGUGAACUUCUUUUUGUAUUAUCACGAUGGAAAGUGAUUACGGAAUAGGCAUUCGUAACAGGUAUGCGGUUUUUUUGGACGACGAGUCCGAUCCAAUUGAUUUCAUUAAAAAGAAAGAAGAAGAGAGGAAGUUAAAGAAGAAGACGAAAUCAUUUGAAAAAGAAUGCAGAGUAAAAAUUGAGGUACCAAACAAAAUAAAGAAGACGCAGAGUUCUAAAGGCGACUCUUUAAAACCUUCUUCGCAAAAGGAAAUCAAAGAAGAAAGGCAGACUGUUAAAGCAAACGACGAUACCCAACAGGAUUGGAAGAAACGUGAAAAUAAACAACAAAUAAACGGUCGUGGAGACGCUAAGAGAGACGAUGAAAACAUAUUGACAAACAAGGAGUUGAUUAGUAAUUAUGAAAUUAUUAAAAAGCAUAACAGCAAAAACGCUAACUAUCGCGGACAAAAAAUGCGGAACCCAAAACGACGUGAGUUUGACAGACAAAGUGGGACAAACAAAACAGGAAUUAAAUCCAUGGAGAAACGUGAAGGUAAUGGAGCUUACAACUGGGGUUCCCACAAAGGCGUGAUUGAAGAAGCUCAAACUCAAAAUAACCUGUCAGGUUGGGGAGAUGAAGAACGGAACGAAGUUGAACCAAUAACAAAACCACCGGAGAUGACCGAUAUAACAGAUGAAAUCAAAGAAAAUGAAGAAAACGUCGAAACAGAAGAGCCACUGGAAUUAACACUGGACGAAUGGAAAGCUCAACGUGAAGCACAACUUGCUAACCGCAAUAGACCCCAAUACAAUAUUCGUAAAGCUGGUGAAGGAGAGGAUCCCAAUAAAUGGAAGGAAAUGUACGAAUUAAGAAGAAAAGACGAAGAAAAUGACUUUGACGAGGGAGAGUACGAUCCUAAUAAGUAUCCCCAGCGGGUAGGAAGACAGAGGUAUUUGCUCGAUAUUGAAAUUCAUUUCAACAACGAAAGACGCAGUGGGGGACCAUCAAGGAGAAGGUUCAAUAGAGGACGAGUUAAUAAAGACAAUAACCAACAGCAACAACAGCCACGUUCAAGCAGCAACGAUGAAGCUCUCUCACAAUGCAAUGAACACAUACCGAAGGUAGACGAUGAGCGGGACUUUCCAUCAUUGAAGUAAUUUUCCUUUCCCGAAAUUUAUUAUAAUUAUAAUUGUUUAUCAAUAAUUACAUACUACGAUAGUAACAAUUUUAUUUUAUGACAAUAACUGGUUCGGUUAUUUGUAAGAUUAUCAAAAUUUACAGCUGUAGUAAUAAGUACUGCUUAUUUGUAGAUGAGCAGAAUUAAGUAGUCUGCUUUAAUUAAUAAA